UAGUCUUGAGAGAAAACUCAACUUGCGCCGCAUCUUGUUGAAACGUCCCUGUCCAAGGUCCUGAAAUCUGCUUUCCCAAGCAUGCGUCAUGUGACUUCACCCAGCACUGCCUAGCUCAGCACCAAGCCUACUGGUUUCUGGAGAUUUCAUGUGAGAAAGGACGAACCCCGAACCCCUUUCCCUCUCAUCUUGCGUUGUUUAUACUGUUUUUCUUUACCCCUUCUUUUUUUCAUCGGAUAAUGUGGACCUUCAAAGCGCUCGGAGUAUGACAAAAGAUUUUAGGAUGCUGGACUUGUGCUGCUCGUAUCGUUCCUGUCUUUUUACUUAAAUGCCAACACGGUGAAUGCGUCGGACAGAGUGGACAAGCCUGCUGCCAGCGGUCCGCAUUCACAAAGUCUUGUAAUUCUUGGUUUUAUUUUCAGACUUCAGAAGGAUGUAACGACCGAGCCACCUUGCGCAGCUGAAGUCUCCUCAUCAAAAUGCAGAAGGGAAUACGACUUAAUGAUGGUCAUGUCACCUACCUGGGGCUUUUGGCGAAAAAGGAUGGUACGAGGCGAGGGUGCUUGAGCAAAAAGAGCUCGGACAACACGAAAUGGCACACAAAGUGGUUUGCUUUGUUACAGAAUAUGCUCUUUUAUUUUGAGAACGAGUCCAGCUCUCGACCCUCGGGAUUAUACCUGUUGGAGGGAUGCAUAUGCGACAGGGCGCCUUCACCGAAACCUUCACAGUCAGCCAAGGAGUGUUUGGAAAAGCAGUAUUAUUUCACUGUCAGCUUCACCCAUGAAAACCAAAAGGCGCUCGAGUUACGCACAGAAGAUGUAAAGGACUGUGAUGAAUGGGUGGCUGCAAUAUCACACGCCAGUUACAGAAACUUGGCCAACGAGCAUGAGACUCUCAUGCAGAAGUAUCUUCAUCUGCUUCAGAUUGUGGAGACGGAGAAAACAGUUGCUAAGCAACUUCGACAACAGAUAGAAGAUGGGGAAAUAGAGAUUGAAAGGCUUAAGUCAGAGAUCUCUGGGCUGCUCAAAGACAAUGAGAAGAUCCAUGCCAGCCCAGCAGCCACCCCAUCUGAUGACGACUCAGAAAUCAAGAAAAUCAAAAAAGUCCAGAGCUUCCUGCGAGGCUGGAUCUGCAGGAGGAAGUGGAAGACAAUCAUCCAGGAUUACAUCCGCUCGCCACAUGCAGAGAGCAUGAGGAAGAGGAACCAGGUGGUGUUCAGCAUGUUGGACUCGGAGGCCGAGUACGUCCAGCAGCUUCACAUCCUGGUGAACAACUUCCUGCGACCGCUCCGCAUGGCGGCAAGCUCCAAGAAACCGCCCAUCACCCACGAUGAUGUCAGCAGCAUAUUCCUCAACAGUGAAACUAUCAUGUUUCUACAUCAGAUAUUUUACCAGGGCUUAAAGGCCAGAAUAGCGAGCUGGCCAACAUUAGUGCUGGCCGACCUGUUCGACAUCCUGCUGCCCAUGCUGAACAUCUACCAGGAGUUUGUGAGGAACCACCAGUACAGCCUGCAGAUCCUGGCUCACUGCAAGCAGAACCGAGACUUUGACAAGCUGCUGAAGCAGUACGAGGCCAAGCCUGACUGUGAGGAGAGGACUCUGGAGACCUUCCUCACCUACCCCAUGUUCCAGAUUCCCCGCUACAUUCUUACACUCCAUGAACUUCUGGCCCACACACCCCAUGAACAUGUAGAGAGAAACAGUCUGGACUACGCCAAAUCUAAGCUGGAGGAGCUUUCCAGAAUCAUGCACGACGAAGUGAGUGAGACGGAGAACAUCAGGAAGAACCUGGCAAUAGAGCGCAUGAUCGUAGAGGGCUGUGAGAUUCUCCUCGACACCAGCCAGACAUUUGUACGACAAGGGUCUCUCAUCCAGGUGCCGAUGAGCGAGAAGGGCAAGAUCACCCGUGGGCGACUGGGCUCUCUGUCUCUAAAGAAGGAGGGGGAGAGGCAGUGCUUUCUUUUCUCCAAGCAUUUAAUCAUCUGCACCAGGGGUUCUGGGGGAAAGCUUCAUCUCACCAAGAAUGGAGUAGUCUCGCUGAUAGACUGCACUCUUAUGGAGGACCCUGAGGGGACAGAUGAUGAAUCCAAAUCAGACAAGAGCGGCCAGGACAUGGAGCACCUGGACUUUAAGAUUGUCGUGGAGCCGAAGGACAGCCAGUCAUUCACAGUCAUCCUGGUGGCCUCCUCCAGGCAGGAGAAGUCUGCAUGGACAAGUGACAUCAGCCAGUGCAUAGACAACAUCCGCUGCAAUGGGCUGAUGAUGAACGCCUUUGAAGACAACUCAAAAGUCACAGUGCCACAGAUGAUCAAGUCAGAUUCAAGCCUGUACUGCGAUGAUGUGGACAUUCGCUUCAGCAAGAUGAUGAACUCCUGCAAAGUGCUGCAGAUCCGAUACGCCAGCGUGGAGCGCCUGCUGGAGAGGCUGACCGACCUCCGUUUCCUCUCCAUUGACUUCCUCAACACCUUCCUGCACUCUUAUCGCGUGUUCACCACCGCUGAUGUGGUGCUAGACAAGCUCAUCACCAUCUACAAGAAGCCCAUCAGUGCCAUCCCUGCUCGGUCCCUGGAGUUAUUCUUUGCCAGCAGUCAGAACAGUAAACUCCUUUAUGGAGAGCCUCCCAGCUCCCCCAGGGCCAGCAGAAAGUUCUCCUCUCCACCUCCUCUUGCUAUCGCCAAGAAUUCAUCCCCAAACCGCCGGCGCAAGCUCUCCCUCAACAUCCCCAUCAUCACUGGGGGCAAAGCUCUUGACCUGGCUGCCCUUAGCUGCUCCUCAAAUGGCUAUGCAAGCAUGUACUCGUCCAUGUCCCCAUUCAGCAAGACCACCUUGGACAUCAACAAACUGUACGUGUCCAGCCCUGUCUCGAGCAAAAUCCCUGAUGAGGGAGAGGACAAGAAGGACAAGGUGGAGGAUACCUCAGUGGUCAAACAAGAUCUCUCUGUUCGAGAAGAAAGUGACAAUGAUCAAAAUCAGAGUGAUGACGGAGACCCAGAAGCCUCUCCCACCAAGUCACCAACCACACCAAAAAACAUCAAAUGCAAAAACUCCUCAGAGUUCUCCCUGUUUUCCUACAACAACGGCAUGGUGAUGUCCUCAUGUCGAGAGAUGGACAACAACAACCGCAGUGCCCUGUCUGCUGCCUCCGCCUUUGCUAUUGCUACAGCUGGAGCCAAUGAGGGCACUCCUACCAAGGAAAAAUAUCGGCGGAUGUCCCUCGCCAGCACUGGCUUCCCAACAGAUCAGAGGAAUGGUGACAAAGAGUUUGUUAUCAGACGAGCAGCGACUAACAGAGUCCUGAAUGUCCUGAGACACUGGGUGUCCAAACACUCGCCGGACUUUGAGAGUAAUAAUGAGCUGAAGACAAAAGUUAUUGCCUUCCUGGAGGAAGUGAUGCAUGACCCUGAGCUGCUGACCCAGGAGAGGAAAGCAGCAGCCAACAUCAUCAGGACUCUAACUCAGGAAGAUCACGGUGACAAUCAGAUCACCCUUGAGGAUGCGACACAGCUGAUGGGAGAAGGGAAGGUCGAGCCCUUUGAGAACCACUCUGCGCUGGAGAUCGCAGAACAGCUCACUCUGCUGGACCACUUGGUCUUUAAGGUCAUCCCAUACGAGGAGUUCUUUGGCCAAGGCUGGAUGAAAAAUGACAAGAAUGAGAAGACGCCGUACAUCAUGAGAACAACAAAGCACUUCAAUGAUAUAAGCAACCUUAUCGCCACAGAGAUCCUGCGCUGUGAGGACGUGGUCACUCGGGUGGUGGUCAUAGAGAAAUGGGUGGCUGUAGCCGACAUCUGUCGCUGUCUCCACAACUACAACGCCGUGCUGGAGAUCACGUCCUCUCUCAACCGCAGCUCAGUAUUCCGCCUCAAGAAGACCUGGCUCAAGGUUUCCAAGCAGACUAAAGCAUUGAUUGACAAGCUGCAGAAGCUGGUCUCAUCAGAGGGAAGGUUUAAGAACCUGAGAGAGGCUUUGAAGAACUGUGAUCCUCCCUGUGUGCCCUAUCUGGGGAUGUACCUCACAGACCUGGCUUUCAUUGAGGAGGGAACGCCAAACUACACCGAAGACAACUUGGUCAACUUCUCCAAGAUGAGAAUGAUUUCUCACAUCAUCAGAGAAAUCAGGCAGUUUCAGCAAACAGCAUACAAAGUUGACCUACAACCAAGGGUAGCCCAGUAUCUACUGGAUAAUAGCUUUGUUCUGGAUGAAGAAAGCAUGUACGAAGCCUCACUCAGAAUUGAGCCUAAAGUGCCCAACUGAUGGGGAAGUUGGUCCUCCACAUUAUUUUCUCUGUUAAUAUUACACAUCAGUUAACAUACACAUCAACUUUUGUAUAGUUGUACAUGUUUAAGAUAUUUGCUCUUCUGUACAGUAGAUGUUUAAGGAUGUUUGAGGUUGUUUGACGACACAAAACCAUUCAGUGUAUAUUUUUUCUUUGUUACCGUUGCCAUAACGCCACCUGCUUUAAGGAUUUUUUUGAUUUAUUUUGGGGUAUUUCAAGCAUAAUAACAGAGGUCCCUUGGUUGAACACAACUGUGUCUUCUUAGUGACCAAUGACAUUAUUUUGCAUCCAUUCAUACUGUGUUGACUUUGCACUUUCUGAGCACUCGUGCUGCCGGCUGUUGUUCUCUUCGCUUGAGUUUCAUCCUUGACUGAGUUUUUCUGCAACCAAUGUAGCAUUGUAAAAAUGUAACUGCAUCAAAUCAGGUAAAAGAGCACAGAGAAUAUAUCUGUAUUAAAAGAUAGGGCACAAUGAUCAGUGGAGAUGACAGCGAGGUACCUGAAGCAUAACUGCCUCUGUGCUUCCCAAACCAAAAAAAGAGAGGGAUUUGUUUCUUAAUUUCUGCUCACUACUCUAAAGUCAGAGGUUCCCAGACUUUUCAUACUGACAGUGUCAUUGUGGACCAAACUAUGGCUGGACGGGAUGAACCCUAAAGGGAAGACAAACCUAUUAAUACUGAGCUUAAUCAAAUGAGUUUUUGAAUAACAGUCUACUACCAUGCUAUCAGCUCUGUAGGUUUUACUUAGUAGAGAAAAUAGUGCUUUGAGCCAAGUGCUAACAUCAGCAUGCUAACAUGCUCCAAAUGACAAUAAGGUCAUCUUUGUUUGGUGUAUUAGCAUGCUAACAUUUGUUAAAUAGCACUAAACAUAAAGUACAGCUGAGGUAUAGUAUCAGAAAGUACUGAACCAGUCAAAAUUUUGACAUGAUGAAAAGAUAAAAAAGAAGGGAUCACUCGAAUUAUCAUAAUUCAUAUUCAGGGCAUAAAAGUCUGUACCAAGUUUGGGAGCAAUCAAUGUUCCCAGGGUCCUAUGUUCAAUAUUCUGUUAAGACACUUUAACCCAUGUCAUAUUAAAUUAAUACAGACCCAAGUAACAUAGGACUCUUUGUCAUGUUCCCAUUAUGUGCCAUAUAAAUCAUGGGAACUUAGGAUCUUGGGAACGUAGAGGACCGUGCAAAGCACUGGGGAACAUAGGACCCUGAGAAGAUAGGACCCUUUGCCAUGUUUCCAUUAUGUGCCAUAUAUAUCUGAGAAACCCUUGAAGAGCAACACAUAUAGAACUGGGGAGAAUAUACAACCCUCUGUCAUUACGCACCAUGUAAAUCUAGGGAACAUAGGGAUGACUGCCCAAAUUCCAGGCCAAUUUGUCAAACAGUUAUUGAGACUCACAAAUGUUUGAACCUCAUGGUGGCACUCGAGGAAAAGUUAAAGGAUCACUAAAGCCAGUACGCUUCUGGAAAAUGUGGAUCUUUGCACAAAAUUUCAAUGCAAUCCAUGAAAUAGUUGUUGAAGUAUUUUAGUCUGGAUCAAAGUGGUGGUGACAGACAGACUGCUUAAAAUCACCAUACUGUAGGUGAGAAAGUGAAAGGAGCUGAUUAAAAAUGCAGAACAGACAUUAUUUUGUAAUUAUUAAGGGUUUUUUGUAGAAUCCUACAGUUUCUUUCCUCCGGUAGGAAAUUGUCUGAGCUCUGGUAACAGGGAACCUCUGUUCUAAAAAAACAUUACUUCAUUGACCUAAAUUUGCCAAUUUUUUUUAUUUUUUUUGUAAACAGAGGUGAAACAUUAGUCAUCUGACUUUACAGUGACACUUAAAAUAUACCAAUACAGUACAGUGAGUUCUACCCAUGUUCAAAUUUCAUGUUUCUUGGUUUUUAGUUUAACUCAUUAAAAAAGCUACCACGCGGUGGAAAGUGUUCGGCGAUACUUCUGUAGAGUAAAAGGUUGUUGCUCUUCUGUAAUUAAAAGACAAUCUGUCCUUUUUGCUGUUCCAGUGAUUGUGGAACGUGACUGUAUAUCACUCUGUUAUAUGCAUUGCUGUUUAAAACUAUGAUAAAAACGUAUGUGAAUGA